AUGGCUCCUCUCGACGACGACGAGGAAGAUGCACCAUCGAAUGCCAGUGCAGAAGCAGAUGACGAAGGCUCCGAAAAUGGUGUGCCCACUCGCUACCUACAGCAAGAGCGGGCCAUGCUGCAGCGCGGUCGGCUUGCUCCUUUUCAAACUGGCUGGAGCAGUGCCUUGGAUAUGGAGGCCCUUUGCGAGCGCCUGGUGGGCCUCUCCGUCGAGGAGGCGGAGAAGGAUGCGCGCGAAGCCCUUCAGGAGGCCAAAGACGACGCCCGCGACGGCGACGUGGUGGCAGUCUUGCUGCAGGUCUUCCAGUCAGCCCGCAGCAGUGUCCUGGACUCGGAGGAGGAGCCGACCGACUACAGCUGGACCGAGGUGCUGGGCUACUGCAGCCGCCUUUGCGCCUUGUGUGAUCGGAACUUCCUGAGCUUGGGAGGCCAACCCGGGCCGGAUGACUUCCCCGCUCGCGUGGUGGCCAGCAUCUACGCCGAAUGCGGACGGACCUUAGCGGUGGCCGGCCACCCUGUGGAGGCACGCACUCGUCUCCAGAAAGCUCUUAAUGUGUUCGGCCUCAUCUCCGAGCCCACAGAGGAGGAGGCCUGGAUCCUGGCAGCCUGCCGGGCCUCCAUGGCCAGGGCACUCCGACAGUUGGGGCAACUCAAAGGUGCCCAGGACGAGUUCCUGCAGGCGCUUCAGCUCAUGGCCAACCUCCCGGAGUCCUACGAGGUCACUGAGCUCCUCUCAGAGUACUGCGAGGCCUUGAGCGAGGCGCCCAAAGGUGAGGCGGUGGUGUCCUCCACGCUGGUCGACCUGAUGGCUUCGAUGAUAGAGGAGAAGUUCGGCGAGGGCAGCGAGGAACACAUCCAGGCCCUUCAGGAGCUGUCGGCAGCUUGCCUCGCUGCUGAGAAGCCAUCACUGGCUGCCACACUCUACGUCACGCUUUCAAGGCUUCUUCGCGAAUAUUACGGGAGUGACCCAGAUACCUGGGAGACACAAGAACUACAAGCCGUCGAGGAGAAGGCAGCUCAAGCCCUGGAGGCCGGCGCAGCCAGCCACAUGAGCGAGGGCGACCUCGAGGCUGCAGUGACCUUCUGGUCUCUAGCAAUCCGGAUGCGAGAAGGCCUGGAUGCUGAGGAGGAGGUGUUGGCGGAGAUGCGCCAGUCCCUAGCUGCCUUGAAGCAGGCUGCCGCCGCCAGCGAGGCGAAAGGCCCUGCUUCGCCGAACGAGCACGCUGAAGCCGCUGCCAUGCCCGAUAUCUCGCAGGAGGAGGAAGAAGAAGACGCUCGACCUGAUUCCUGGGACGAACCAGACGGGCCCAGCGCAUCUUCCUCCAUCAAGGAGCCGCUGCGAUCGAAGCCUUCUCUUGUGGUCGGCCCAAGCACGCUGCGGCCGGCCUGGGCACAGCGAAGCCCCCCGCCGGCUGUGCAGAAGGAAGCCACUGACGCUUGGGAUUAG